AAUGUUCACUUUGAAAUCCCCUCCCGAUGCGGGCUCCUCACCUAAUUUGGCUCUUUGUGUGUGUUUUUCAGUCUACAGUAGUUCAAGGCUCAACUUGUCGGAGUGAUGGAAAAUACUGUAGUGAUUUGAUGUCGGUAUCAGUGCUGAGAUUCAGCAAUUUGGAUUAUAAAUGUCAAUUUCCAAUUUUGAUUGCCAAAAGUGAUGUUAUCAAGCUGGACCCUACAGCUCACUUGACUAUGAAAAUUGGAGAAUAUUGCCCGAAAUCCUGUUGCGCUCAGAUUCAAACUACUAUUCCAACAACUACCCCAACUUCAACCCAGACAACUACUCCAACUACCACUACAAUUACCACAACCCCAGUCCCUACCACAACUCCAUAUCUAUCUCCACUUGAAAAGUUCAACGAAGCAAUGAACAAUGACGGAGCGUUCAAGUCACUCAUGGAUGUAAUUAAUUUUAAUUCAACGGCAAAAGAAGGAUUGAAAAGAUUCAAUGUGUAUUCAAAAGUGAAAAAGGAGGUCGAUGAGCACAACAUCAUGUAUGAAUUGGGAAUGUCCAGCUAUAAAAUGUCGACGAAUCAGUUCUCUGUGGCGCUCGAUGGAGAAGUUGCACCAUUAACCCUGAAUCUUGAUGCACUCACGCCAACUGCUACAGUAAUCCCUGCCACCAUCUCUUCCAGAAAGAAGCGAGACACCGAACCAACCGUAGACUGGCGGCCUUUUCUCAAGCCGAUCCUUGAUCAAUCGACUUGUGGAGGAUGUUGGGCGUUCUCCAUGAUUUCAAUGAUUGAGUCGUUCUUUGCAAUCCAGGGGUACAACACGUCUAGCCUGUCAGUUCAACAACUUCUGACCUGUGAUACGAAAGUAGAUUCAACAUAUGGAUUGGCAAAUGUCGGGUGUAAAGGUGGAUAUUUUCAAAUUGCCGGGAGCUACUUGGAAGUUUCGGCAGCUAGAGAUGCUAGUCUGAUCCCUUUUGAUUUGGAGGAUACUUCCUGCGACUCUUCAUUCUUCCCACCAGUUGUUCCAACGAUUCUUCUUUUCGACGAUGGCUACAUAUCAGGAAACUUCACAGCGGCUCAGUUAAUCACUAUGGAGCAAAAUAUUGAGGAUAAAGUCCGAAAGGGGCCGAUUGCAGUGGGAAUGGCUGCCGGGCCGGAUAUCUAUAAAUACUCUGAAGGGGUCUACGAUGGAGACUGUGGAACCAUCAUAAACCAUGCCGUUGUCAUUGUCGGUUUCACCGAUGAUUAUUGGAUUAUUCGGAACAGCUGGGGAGCAUCCUGGGGUGAAGCAGGCUACUUCCGCGUGAAACGAACACCUGGAAAAGAUCCGUGUCAGUUCUACAAAUAUUGGUCUCAAGCCACCGCCGUCGGCGCCAACGAGACGUAUGCUCCGCCGAAAGCCGGCGGCGGAGAGUUUGUGGUCCCGACAACAAGAGCUCCGACUGUUGCUACAGUGGCUCCGGCCUCCUCCUCCGGAGCAGUUGAUGAGUGUGGAGAGGGUUUGUGUGAAGAAGAUUGUGGGUGUGAUGAUUAUGAUGAGGACGAUGAAGAUGAAGUGGAUGAGGAGGAGAAGGAGGAGACAUCGACAACAACUUCUUCAACUACUAGUACAGAAGCUUCUACACCGACUACAAGUACAUCCACAUCAACUUCGACUUCAACCCCUUCUACAACAACUUCCACAACAUCUACAAGCACCACCAGCUCCACCAGCUCCUCAGCUCCAAUUCGAGCAGUUCGAACUAGCACUCCGACUACUAGAAGAACAACUACAACAACUCCUAGACGUACCACGACUCCUCGAAAAACGAUUUUCGGCAGAAUGUCCGAUGGAUGGAACAAUUUUUGGGGAUAAAUUACUGUGUAGAAGAAAUAAUAAAGUG